GCGAAAGAAGUAUUACAUAGUUAUGUAGUGGCUGAAUAACAUCAGUAUAUGUUGUAAUUAGAACCAUGUCUAUUAGUACAGUUGCAGGUCGCUUAAUGUAACUUGUUUUCGAUGUGGCACAUCGGCAAAGGACAGAUGGUCCCAUAUUGGUCAUUUUCUCGUGGUUGGUCUCAAAACAGUAAUAGGAGUUUGCGCGGUUAUUACAAUAUUAUCUUCCUAAAUGAAUUAUGUUACCUAACUAUUCUGUACUUGUCACACGUUAGUCAAUCCCCAUAUAACUGAGUUGUAGUUUCAUAAAUGGGCCUACUGCUGUCAUGUUUCACCGCUGUCUAAAUAACCCUCGAAUUCUAUCCAGGGGGCCCAUAGUUAUACAUUUCAACAAUUAAGUGAUACCAUUUCAAUGAGAGGCAGUACAUUGCUUGUUUGUAAAUAACAUAUGCUCAGUUCUUCUGUUUUAUGAAUGUUUUCUAGUUGUUUUGAUGGUUAUACUUCCCUGGGUCACCUGAAGACUGCUUUUAAAAGCAUGGAAACGUUGUCCAGUCACAGUGCUUACCUUCUCCAGCAGUUACAGGAGCAGAGGAUACAGGGGCUACUCUGUGACUGCAUGCUAGUAGUCAAAGGAGUAUGCUUCAAAGCCCACAAAAAUGUACUUGCUGCAUUUAGCUCCUAUUUCAGGUCUUUGUUCCAAAAUUCGCCAAGUCAAAAAAAUGAUGUUUUUCAACUGGUCAUUCAGGAUGUGGGAGGUAUAGGCCAGAUACUGGACUACAUGUACACUUCCCAUCUAGACGUCAACCAGGACAAUGUACAAGCGCUGUUGGACAUCGCCCAGUGCUUACAGGUCCCAAAUGUACAGAGCAUGUGCAACACUUUCCUGAAACCCAGCGCUCCUGCCGUGGAGGCCCCUUCUUUCUCAUUGUCUGGUGUCUUGACCUCGGAACACGACUACCUCCUCGGGACUGGCCUUGCCCAAGACGUGGACCUUCCUUGCCCUUCUUCAGUAGGACAGAGAUCUGCCUUUGGCAGUGGGGCACCAAUGUCUCAUGGUGGGAACGCUACCUCUGAGACUACAGCCAUUACCCAGCCAGUCCCAGAGAAGCAGCUAGUACACGGCUACAAGCUACGCAACUUCUACAGCAAGCAGUACUUCAAGCAGAGUGCUGCUGCUGAGUUUAGCAAUGCAGCAUUAAACCAAGGCCCAAGCCCCCUGGUGCUGGUUGAAGAGCAGCAGUUCCAAUUUGGGGUCACACAACCAUGCGCGAAUGCCCCUGUAUGUUCAGGCAAUGUGGUUCAGUCAAACCCACCCUGUCCGCAGGCUAUACCAGCUGAGAAGGAGUUUGGUUCAACGUUGCCUGCUGAAGACUUGUCAACCACAGCCAACCCAGGAGGAAAAGUAUCCCCUGUCAACAAGCCCAUGCGGCCAAAGAAAGCCGUCUACCUGAAGAAAUACAACUACCUGCGCCCUCAGAAGGCUCUAGAAGAGAUGUGCCUGGAGCAGAGCAGCGAACCAGUCAACCACUGCCCAAAGGAGACUCACCAAGAGGAGGUAGUGGUCCAGAGUGAGACACCUGAAGCUCCUGUAGACUGCCUACCUCCCAUAGACUGCCUGACCAGAGACAGGGAAGUGGUGUUGGAGACUGCAAUGGAUUCUCAACUUCCAAGUCCACCUCCUGUUGACCAAGAGGAGGAACCGGACCCACCAACCAUCAGUGAUCCAACAGAACCAACUGGGUAUAAGGUGCAGUACUGCUGUGAGAUGUGCGGGAAGACCUUUAAACACCCAAGCAACCUGGAACUUCACAAGCGCUCACACACUGUUUUUUUUCUCACAGGGGAGAAACCAUUCCAGUGUAAUGUUUGCAGGAAAAACUUUUCACAGGCAGGUAAUUUGCAGACCCAUUUACGACGCCAUUCUGGAGAAAAACCUUACAUUUGUGAACUCUGUGGGAAAAGCUUUGCUGCCUCGGGGGAUGUUCAACGUCACAUUGUGAUCCACACGGGAGAGCGGCCACACCUGUGUGACAUAUGUGGACGCGACAGUUGGUGGUCGGAGCACGUCUCUGGAGCCGCUGAGCUGGAGGGGCGUGUAUUAAUCCUGCUGAAAGAAUCACUGCUACCAGCACUAGCAGGGUUCAGCAACAUCAGCAACCUGAAGGAGCACAAGAAGACCCACACUACAGACAGAGAGUUCACCUGUGACCAGUGUGGCAAGUCCUUCAACAUGCACAGGAAACUGCUGAAGCACAAGAUCAGACACUCCGGGGAGAAACCGCACACCUGCCAGACCUGUGGGAAGAGCUUUGCUGGGUCGGGCGACCUGCGUCGCCACGUGAGAACGCACACGGGGGAGAGACCCUACCUCUGCAACACCUGCGGCAAGAGCUUCACCCGCUCGGCUGUCCUGAGGAGACACUGCAGCAUGCACUGCAAGGCCACGCCUGACGACUCCAGCCCUGACGUAGAGGACCCAGAGCAGCCUGGCAGUAGCAGUACUGACGGAGGAGGAGGCCCAUUCCACAAGCCUGUCAGCCACAGUAAAGCACCUGAGCCCAGGCAACCAUCACCAACCUCCAAUACCGUGAUGGAGCUCGAUAAGCCUUCGCCCCCACCAGCACAUACAGAAGCCCCGUCGACUAGUAUCCACCUUAGCCCGUCUACCUCAACGUCCUUCCCCGAGCUGCGCUCCAUCGUUCCCCAGCACCUCGCCAUCGUGCCCCAGCACCUCCUCCCCUCCACCCCCUCCCAGCAGCAGGAGAAGUGCCCUCCUCUAGCAGACUCCCUGAAACUGGGAAAAGCUCACCUACCUCAAGAGGCCCUUGUGUUUGGCCCCUAUGUGGAGAACGGGCCGGUGGGUGUGGAGAUACAACAGCAGGGGUCUGGGGCCUCGGUGGUGGCCCGGCCAUACCUCUCAGCCCCAGACAGUUACUGUGGGGCCAUCCCAGGUAGCCGCCCCAGUGGUACCCCCUACAGGGCAAGUGAGGGACCCUUCUUUUCCAGUGUAACACUAUGGGGGCUGGCCAUGAAAACACUGCAGAAUGACAAUGACUUGGAGCAGUGAAAGCUGGAGCAAGUAGUGUGUCUAAUGUGGCUUCCUUUCCUCGUCUCGUCUCCUUUGUCAGCGCUGAUUUGAAGACACUGUUGUAGGGCAAAACCACAUCAUUCAUCUGUUCAGUUCUUUCACAUUGUAGAUGAAGGGAAGGAGAUGAGGACAGGAGGUCACUUUAGUCUAUUCAGAACUAGUCAUAGUUAUGAAGGAAGACUGCUUAGCACUAUGAUAUUAUCUAACUUCAAUGAAUAGAAUAUAACACUCAGGUAUUUCCUUUUAUAGGAUAUUGUUUUUAGAACAAUGUGUUAUAAAGAUGGCAAAAAAUGUAUAUUCUUUCUGGAUAAGUAUGCACUGUUUUGAAAUAAAAGAUGCCAAAAAUA